GACAGAGUGUAGCUGCACCACUGAAAAGAGGGAGGAAAAAGAGUUGUUGUUUUUUUUCCCCUGAAGGAGAACUCAACUUUGAGCUUUGGAAAUACAUAAAAUCUGGCGUGCCUUGUGUAGAGGACCAAAGACUAAGACCUGUUCCUGUCUAAGCCUUUUAAUGAGCGUAAGCCCUCAGGAGGAAUAGUCGGAACUCACAGAAACCAAAAUCAGCCCCGUGGGAAGCAGAGCUCUCCGGCUGCUCACCGCCACAGACAUGCAGCCGUUCACCUUGGUUGGUGCUCUUCUUUUCAUCGUCCACAUCUCCUCUGUUGGUGCAGAAGCCCAUAGGCACUACCAACAAGUCCUCACUGGAAACCAACCAGGUGUAUGUCGCUAUGGUAGGAGGCUGGAGUGUUGCUAUGGCUGGAAGAAAAACAUUAAAGGACAGUGUGAGGCUCAGUGUGACCACGGCUGCAAGCACGGAGAGUGUGUUGGCCCCAACAAAUGCAAGUGUUUCCCAGGAUACACUGGAAAGACGUGUAAUCAAGAUCUGAAUGAGUGCGGCCUGAAACCUCGUCCCUGUGAGCAUCGCUGCAUGAACACCUAUGGAAGUUACAAAUGCUACUGCCUCAACGGUUACACCGUGAUGUCUGAUGGAUCGUGUGCAAAUUCCCGGACAUGCUCUGCUGCUCACUGUCAGUAUGGCUGUGAGGAGGUUCAGGGGGAGAUUCGCUGCGUCUGCCCGUCUGCGGGGCUGCAGCUGGGGCAAGAUCGGAGGACUUGUGUAGAUAUUGAUGAAUGUGUAACAGGGAAGAACCUCUGCCCGUACGACAGACAAUGUGUGAACACCUUUGGAAGCUACUUCUGCAAAUGCCAGGAAGGCUACGACUUGAAAUACGUCGACGGCAAAUACGACUGCGUAGACCUUGAUGAGUGUGCAGCCAGCACCCACAAGUGCAGCCACCACGCUGUCUGUGUGAACACUCAAGGAUCCUUCAAGUGCAGGUGCAAGUCUGGCUUCAGAGGCAAUGGCUUUGAAUGCUCUGUCAAGCCGUUUUAUCAGAGAUCGUGGGACGGAGACAAAGGCAGUGCAGAUGAUUUCCUCAAUGCCAUCCAGGACUCCCAAGUGAAGCCCGGGUUUCUGGGAGGUACCCUGGACAACGAGGACAUCGGAAAUAUAAUCCCUGAACCAGUCGCAACACCGCCUCCUAAGAUCCAUCAGCAGCCCUUUGACUAUGAUGGAGAGGUCUACGUUGGCCCCCGGACUGAGCAAAGACAGGUGGAGGAAUUUCCUGAGGAAAAAGAGGAGGAGGAGGAGGAGGAAGAAGAAGAGGAAGACAACCAGCUCAAUCCAAGAGGAGACGUUUUCAUAUCAGAGGACUUUGAAUCAGUAUUUGGCCCCUCCACAGAAGUCAAAGAAAUCCAAAUAUCACCGGUUCAGGAAGAAUUCAUCAUGGAUUGCAACUUUGAUCAGGGAGCAUGUGAGUGGGUCCAGGACAAGGCUGAUGACAUGGACUGGAGCGUAGCCUACCAUAACGGUGCUGAGUACUACAUGGCCAUGAGUGGGCUCCUAGGGGAGCCGGAGGAUAUAGCCAAGCUGAAGUUGCUUCUCAGUGACCGGGCCCAGCACGGCAGCUUCUGCCUCACCUUUGACUUCCGUGUGGUGGGUCAUAAUGUGGGAACUCUCAGGGUGAUGCUGGAUAAUAACGCUUACUCCGUGUGGGAGCAGAGCAAAAGCAGAGAUCAGGGCUGGCAGACCGAGCUCCUCACUGUGGCCUGGAAAGAGAAAGCGCCAGAAUCUAUUGUCUUCGAAGCUCAGCAUGGGAACGACGUUGGAGGGGAGAUUGGACUGGACAAUGUUGUGCUGACCUCAGGGCCCUGUCAAGAGGAUGUCAGUCCAUUCGUUUAAGCAUCUCCACCCCGGAUUUACAAUUUGAAGAAUCUGACACAUGUCAAAGAAUCCUGUUUCCUGUCUGUUUAUUGGUCUGGAGUUUCACACUGUCUUACAAGACAUCCACAUAAAGAUACAGAUAUGGUCUCAAGGUAGGAUAUGUACUAUCAGUGCGUGCAUGUGUACUUAAUCAUGCUGCUACAUCGGUACAUUCGGCUUCAUUCUCUAUCGUGAUUUUCAAAAUGCUCUCCUACGAUACGGAUUACCCAGAUCUCAGGAAUAGGUGGAAAUGCUUCCUUUGUCUCUUCUUUAGAUGUAACAGUAUUGUGCUUAGUCCUUUGUUGUGUAUGUGAUUGCUGAAGUUACCUGAAAAUAAUCUAUGACAUGUGAUUCUUAGAUGAAUUAAAUCUGAAAUUCAAUCUUUGAUGAAUAACUUUUUUGAAGGCCGGUUAGUUUCAAUGAUAAA